AUGUUGGGGGAAGCUUAUUCUUGUACAGUUGAUGAUGUCCUAAAGCACUACAAUACGAACACUGAAACUGGUUUAACUAAAAAGCAGAUUGAAUCCUCUUUGAAGGAGUAUGGCUACAAUGAGUUACCACCGGAAGAAAACAAGCCUCUUUGGAAAUUGGUACUUGAACAGUUCGACGACCUCUUAGUCAAAAUUCUCUUAUUAGCAGCUGUUAUCUCAUUUGUCUUGGCGUGGUUUGAAGAUAGCGAAGAUGCGACUACUGCGUUUGUCGAGCCAGUUGUUAUAAUGCUUAUAUUAAUCGUGAAUGCAAUUGUUGGCGUUUGGCAGGAACGUAAUGCUGAGUCAGCCAUAGAAGCCUUAAAAGAAUAUGAGUCAGAUACUGCAAAGGUUAUUCGUCAAGGUUAUCAAGGUGUGCAGAGUGUGAAAGCCCGUGAAUUAGUGCCUGGAGACAUUGUGGAAGUUGCCGUUGGAGACCGGGUUCCAGCGGAUAUUAGAAUCGUUAAAAUUUUGUCUACAACACUUCUCAUUGAUCAGUCUAUCUUAACUGGUGAAUCAGUAUCAGUUUCAAAGCACAGUGACCCUAUAUCCCAGGCUCGAGCUGUCAAUCAAGACAAAAAGAAUAUGCUAUUUAGCGGUACAAAUGUAGCCUCUGGAAAAUGUGUUGGAGUAGUAGUCGGGACCGGACUUUCAACAGAAAUAGGCAAAAUUCGUGAUCAAAUCAUGCAUACAGAACAAGAUAAGACUCCUCUCGGGCAGAAAAUAGAUGAAUUUGGAACACAGUUAUCAAAGGUCAUAACACUCAUAUGUAUUGCUGUAUGGUGCAUUAACAUUGGCCAUUUUAACGACCCAGUGCAUGGGGGUUCUUGGCUCAGAGGUGCUGUUUACUACUUUAAAAUUGCAGUCGCGCUUGCCGUAGCGGCGAUUCCAGAAGGUCUACCGGCUGUUAUCACAACGUGUCUAGCUUUGGGGACCCGUCGAAUGGCUCGCAAAAAUGCUAUCGUCCGAUCAUUACCAAGUGUUGAAACUCUUGGGUGUACAACAGUGAUUUGUUCUGACAAAACUGGUACCCUUACAACCAACCAAAUGACCGUUUGCCGAAUGUUCACUUUCGGUAACGAGAGUCGGAUUGGUGAUGCUUCGCAGCUAAAAUUUGAUGAGUUUGAAAUUACGGGUUCUAAAUAUGCUCCAGAAGGAAAUGUGCACCAUGAAGGACGAAAAAUAGACUGUUCUGAAUAUCCUUGCCUUGUAGAACUUGCGCAAAUAUGUUCUUUGUGCAAUGACUCGUCUGUGGAAUACAGUGAAUCUCGACAUGCAUAUGAAAAAGUGGGUGAAGCGACUGAGACUGCAUUGGUCUGCUUGGUUGAGAAAAUGAAUGUCACAAAAGUAUCUAAAUCAAAUCUUACUAAUCACCAGCUUGCAAUGGUUUGUAAUCGCGAUAUCCAGAAAAUGUAUGAAAGAAAAUUUACGCUUGAGUUUUCUCGGGAUAGGAAGUCAAUGUCUACGUAUGUCAUCCCUCAAAGUCAAAUUUCUGGCUCUAAAGAAAAGCUCUUUGUUAAGGGCGCCCCGGAGUCCAUAUUGGAUAGAUGCACUCAUGUACGCACCACAGGCGGCAAAUUAUUGUUAACGUCUGAGCUAAAAGGUGAAGUACUUCGAAAAAUAGCUACCUACGCCACUGGACGUGAAACUCUUCGUUGUCUGGCUUUAGCUACAAGAGAUGAACCACCUUCAUACUCUCACUUUGAUUUAAAAGAUCCAAAAAAUUUCAAGGAUUAUGAGACUGAAUUAACUCUUGUGGGUGUUGUUGGUAUGGUGGACCCGCCACGUUGUGAGGUUGCCAGCAGUAUCCAAGCUUGUAAAAAGGCUGGUAUCCGUGUUAUUGUUAUUACAGGCGAUAAUAAAGCAACUGCGGAAGCUAUAUGCCGUCGUAUAGGAUUGUUUGAAGAUAAAGAAGAUACUUGUGGAAAGUCCUUCACGGGACGAGAAUUCGAUGACCUAAGUUUAGACAAGAAAAAGGAUGCAGUACGCAACGGAAAGUUGUUUGCUCGCGUUGAACCCGCCCAUAAAAGUCUAAUAGUACAAUUCUUACAGCAGGAUGGUGAAGUAUCUGCAAUGACUGGAGAUGGUGUUAAUGAUGCUCCUGCACUAAAGAAGGCGGAAAUAGGCAUUGCUAUGGGAAGUGGUACUGCCGUUGCCAAAUCUGCUUCUGACAUGGUACUAGCAGAUGAUAAUUUUAGCACAAUUGUUGCGGCCGUUGAGGAAGGACGAGCUAUAUAUGAUAACAUGAAACAGUUUAUCCGUUACCUUAUUUCGUCUAACAUCGGCGAAGUUGUCUGCAUUUUUUUGACUGCUGCUCUCGGAAUGCCUGAGGCUUUGAUUCCUGUACAAUUACUCUGGGUUAACUUAGUGACUGAUGGUUUACCUGCUACAGCUUUAGGAUUUAAUCCUCCUGAUGUUGAUAUAAUGACUAAACCACCACGUAAAAGCAAAGAACCAUUGAUUUCCGGUUGGUUAUUUCUUCGAUACAUGUUGAUAGGCAUCUAUGUUGGGUGUGCAACAGUUGGAGCAGCAGCUUGGUGGUUCAUGGUCUAUGAGGGAGGUCCCAAAGUGAACUAUUAUCAGCUGACACAUCACUUGCAAUGUCAGUUGGAACCAUCUCUGUUCAAAGGAGUUAACUGUAGCGUAUUCGCCAGUCCAAAACCUAUGACAAUGGCAUUGUCUGUGUUGGUUUUGAUUGAGAUGUUUAACGCAUUGAACAGCCUUUCUGAAAAUCAGUCACUUCUGGUCAUGCCUCCUUGGCAUAAUAUGUGGCUUAUUGCUGCGAUCUGCUUUAGUAUGACACUACACUUUGCAAUCUUGUACAUAAACGUACUAGCGAAUAUAUUCCAAAUAGCUGCACUGAAUAUCGCGGAGUGGUUCGCUGUAUUGAAAAUCUCCAUACCUGUACUUUUAUUGGAUGAAACACAAAAAGCUAUUGUCCGUUCUACUCAAAGAGGUCAUAGUCCACUUUACCACAUAGCGAUACCAAUGUUAAGUUUCACCUUCAUUUGUUCCACAAAAGACUACUUUGUCAUGGAUUUAUUUCCAUUCCAUUUUGAAAUAGUUGAGAAUGUAAAGCAAGCACGAGAACUGGCUUUGCUUGGGAACUAUGAAAGUUCGUUAACGUAUUAUUCUGUUGGUCUUGCUCAACUUAAGAAGUUCACUGUUUCAAUUUCUGAAGCAAACCGAAAACAACAAUGGCAAACUGUACGGCAAGAGCUUAUAGAUGAAUAUGAACUGGUUAAAGAUGUCAACCAAACGUUAUCUAGUUUCAAAAUAUCUGAUGAUGACUCGGGUUUGAGUGCUUUUGCCAGUCGCUAUAAUUCCCGUUCAACUGUUGAAGAGCCAACCAGAGACCCAGAUGUUUGGCCACCUCCCCCUCCUCUCGAACGAAGACAUGGGAAUAGUUCUCAAAACGCUGGAUCAAAUAUUCAGCCAAAUUCAGUUUCUAGCUCUUAUUAUAGGCCACCUGUUGCUCAUGCUCCAGCUCCCCCUCCUCCAUCCAUUAGCUCCAAGUCAUCUAAUAAUACUGCGGGAUCAUUUCGUCGCAAUGUCAGACCUAGUCCGACGAAUCCUCGAUCUAAGGGUACCACUCAAACCUCUGCAAAUAAUCGUCGUGUCAAAUCUGGAUCUCAACCUACUGGGGAUGCUACUACCACUGCUAACAAUAACAAUGAAGAGAAAUUUGAUGCUAGUGGAUACGACAAAGAUCUUGUGGAAACACUAGAACGCGAUAUUGUUCAACGUAAUCCAAAUGUUCGAUGGGAUGAUAUAGCUGCACUAGAUGAUGCAAAACGUUUACUUCAAGAAGCUGUAGUUCUCCCAAUGGUUAUUCCGGGUUUCUUUAAGGGAAUACGUAGACCAUGGAAAGGGGUAUUAAUGGUUGGUCCGCCUGGUACGGGCAAAACAUUAUUAGCUAAAGCUGUUGCAACAGAAUGUGGCACCACAUUUUUCAAUGUUUCCAGUUCUAGUCUAACAAGUAAAUGGAGAGGUGAAUCAGAAAAAUUAGUCCGUCUUUUAUUUGACAUGGCACGUUUCUACGCACCGAGCACAAUAUUCAUGGAUGAAAUCGAUUCAAUCUGUUCUCGACGUGGUGGUGAAUCAGAACAUGAAAGUUCUCGGCGUGUUAAAUCUGAACUUUUAGUGCAAAUGGAUGGAGUAACAGGAGCUACAGGACAAGAAGAGGAUCCUACAAAAUCUGUUAUGGUCCUUGCUGCUACGAAUUUCCCUUGGGACAUUGACGAAGCUUUGCGUAGACGUCUCGAGAAACGAGUAUACAUACCACUUCCAAAUGUGACUGCACGCAAAACUCUGCUGCAAAUCAACUUGAAAGACGUUCCUUUAGCAGAAGAUGUAGAUUUAGACAGUAUAGCUGAACAAUUAGAUGGUUAUUCCGGUGCAGACAUAACGAAUGUAUGCAGAGAUGCUUCAAUGAUGUCUAUGCGACGAGCUAUAGAAGGACUCUCAGUAGAGCAAAUUAAAGGUCUUAAUACUGCAACACUUAAUCAACCGACACGAAUGGCUGAUUUCGAAGAAGCAGUCGGUCGUGUGUGCAGAUCUGUUUCAGCCAGUGAUGUUGAACGGUAUGAGAAAUGGAUGACAGAGUUUGGGGCUACAUGA